GUUGCAGACUGGAACUUUAAAAGCUAACUAGCUAGCUAAAGUGAUGUUAGCAGGUAAAUAGGGUAAUUUGUGAACCUGGAAGUUGGUGAAGAGACCAAUUUAUGAUCGAGGAGUAGGUUAAAAGGUGCCGAAUGACGUCAAAUGGUGGUUUGAACUGAUACCUAAAAUCCAGGAUAACCAACUAACUUGCUAAGUGAUUUUUGGCAAAGUAUGGCAAUGACCGGGCCGAGCUCGUGUGCCUCUAUGAGUAACCACACCAAGGAACGGGUCACCAUGGCUAAAGUGACCUUGGAGAACUUCUACAGUAAUCUGAUCGCUCAGCAUGAGGAGCGAGAGAUGAGACAGCAAAAGUUGGAGAAGGUGAUGGAUCAGGAGGGUCUGGCUGAUGAAGAGAAACGUAUCCGGCGUUCUGAGCAUGCACGGAAGGAAACAGAGUUUCUGCGUUUAAAACGCACACGGCUGGGCCUGGAGGACUUUGAGUCCUUGAAGGUGAUUGGCCGAGGAGCCUUUGGAGAGGUUCGCUUGGUUCAGAAAAAAGACACCGGACAUGUCUAUGCCAUGAAAAUCCUCCGUAAAGCUGACAUGUUGGAGAAAGAGCAGGUGGGUCAUAUCCGAGCUGAGCGUGACAUCCUGGUGGAAGCAGACAGUCUGUGGGUGGUCAAAAUGUUCUACAGCUUCCAGGAUAAGAUGAACCUCUACCUCAUCAUGGAGUUUCUCCCCGGAGGAGACAUGAUGACUCUACUGAUGAAGAUGGACACACUGUCCGAAGAGGCCACUCAGUUCUACAUCGCAGAGACGGUGCUGGCCAUCGACUCCAUCCACCAGCUGGGCUUCAUCCACAGAGAUAUUAAACCUGACAACCUGCUGCUGGACGCCAGAGGUCACGUGAAGCUCUCUGACUUCGGCCUGUGCACAGGACUAAAGAAGGCCCACCGCACAGACUUCUACAAGAACUUGAACCACAGCCUGCCCAGUGACCUCAGUAAGCAAACCUUUCAGAAUAUGAACUCUAAGAGGAAAGCAGAAACCUGGAAGAGGAACAGGAGGCAGCUGGCCUUUUCCACAGUGGGAACCCCAGACUACAUCGCUCCAGAAGUCUUCAUGCAGAACGGCUACAACAAACUGUGUGACUGGUGGAGCCUUGGUGUGAUAAUGUAUGAGAUGCUGAUAGGUUACCCUCCGUUCUGCUCGGAGACGCCUCAAGAGACCUACAGGAAGGUGAUGAACUGGAGAGAGACACUCACCUUCCCUCCAGAAGUGCCAAUAUCAGAGAAGGCUAAAGACCUCAUCCUCAGGUUCUGCUGUGAGGAGGAGCACAGGAUUGGAGCUGCGAGUGUGGAGGAGAUAAAGUCCAACCCUUUCUUUGAGGGCGUGGACUACGACCAUAUCAGGGAAAGACCCGCCGCCAUUCCCAUCAAUAUCAAAAGCAUUGAUGACACAUCCAACUUCGAUGAGUUCCCCGACUCUGAUAUCCUCACUCCAACAACCACCCAAGUGUCCAAUCACACCGAGACGGAUCUGAAGAACAAGGACUGGGUCUUCAUCAACUACACCUACAAACGUUUUGAGGGUUUGACGGCCCGAGGAGCCAUCCCGUCCUACAUGAAAUCAGGAAAAAGAUGAGCUCCUUGUGACUGUCCCAUAGCGACGCCCAGAUGAGGCGUCCGAGCUGCUGCUGUGUCCAAACAGACGUCCGCUCGGUUAUCAGAGCGGAUCCACAGCGCAGCUCUUCCUCAUCGUCGCUGUCCAUAGGAACCUUCCUCCAAACUCGCUGCCUUCACUUUGUUUAAAGCUUCUGAGGGUACCUCUUCACUUUCUGACAGCACAGACUGAACUGGGAUCAGCAGGUUUUCUUAGUUUUGCACCAUCGGAUGGUAUCGUUUGUCUCCAGAUAACCAGCAUCAUUUACAUUCCCUCUCUGUACCAGCGUCAUUCUGUUGGAUCUACCAAGGGCUCUUCUUGUGGCCCAGAGCGUUCUCUGCUUCACGCGUUCUGGGGACUUUAUCAGCUCAAAUAAUUGCAUUUUCACUUGGAGUGAACCAGCUGCUCUUCAGGGAUUCGGACUCCUACAUCAUCUCACCAAAGACUCAAUGACAUCUCUGCCUGAUCUUCCUCUUGGAACUUUUUCUAACUCCAAGUUCGUAUUUUUUCUAGAGCCCAGAUUUGCACGAUUUCCUCUUUAACAGAUGAUUAUGCAUUUUGUGGAACAAGUCUUGUUACAUUUUGUGAUGAAGCAUGUGACCUUCAGCACCAGAGGCGAUGGGGAUGAAACUUCUGCACUCUUCCAGCCUGUCGGAUCCGGUUUAGGUUCAAGUGUUUGGAGUUCAUGAUGUUCCAGAAUCAAUUUUCAAAGACGACCUUUUAACAAUUUGGUGGAUUUCACACAUAGUUUAAAUCAGGCAGCAGUUAAAAUCUUCAGGAAGUUGAAGGCGCUGCUAUAAAUAUAAGAACGUCUUUAAAUUGCUUUUAUUUUUUAUGUUGUAGUCCGAGUGAGAUAAAGUUUGCAAAUCAAAACAGAAAUUUGAAAAAUAUUCCAAGAAUAUUUCUUAAAUUCUUAAAUUUCUUUAUCAAAGACAACAGAUCCCAGAGCAGCUUGUAGAGAACUGAAUUAGUUUAGGAGAUUAAACGGCUUAGAAAGCCGCAGUACGCGUAGGAAACCUUCCAGCUGAUGCUUUUCAGACGAAGAACUAAUAAAACCUGCAUAAGGCUCAGAUGUGAACCUCUGAACUCACUGGGAGGAUUUGUAAGAAUGGUUUCAGUUUGAUCAGUUCAGAAAUG